AUGACUGUCAUUGUCCCUAUCGAGAAGCAGGCUCAAAGAGAGGAGAUGGACAUACAGAUCUUCGCCGUCGGUCUCCAAGCAAUCAGCAUUACCGGCGUGGUGCAAGCCGGCAUAGGGUACAACCACGUCGAGUCGAUUGCGGCCGUCUAUGGGUUGGAGCCCAUUACCAAGCUGUUACGGCUGAUCAUUCCGCUGCAAUAUCUCUGGGUGUUGCUGAGCUUAGAGCGCACUAAAGUCUCUACCUUGUUCCUGUAUCUCCAUAUCUUCCCCGUCACUUGGGUCGUGCCUUACUCCUACAAUUGGGACCAGACCAUACAAGGAGGAUCGUGCGGAAACCAGGUCACCUCCUUCACGGUGACAGAGGUUAUUAAUCUCGUCACCGACGUGGUCGUGCUGGUGAUCUCCAUGCCGCUUCUGUACAGGCUGCAGAUGGCUACAAACAAAAAGGUGACCCUGAUAGCCGUCUCUGGCUUGGGGAGAGCAACCUGCGUCAUGAGUGCUCUCCGAAUUUCUAUGUUAUCGACCAUGGACUUUAAUGAUAUCACCUACACGCUGUCCCGUGCAAACAUCUUCAGUGGCGUCGAGCCUUGUCUCGCUGUCAUCCUCGCCUCGGUCCCCAUGAUGCGACCCCUGCUGGGGUGUUCGGCGUACACACCUGAUGCUUCAAGGGAGAAGCCGGCCAGGUCUUCAUCCCCGUCUACGACACCUAAACUCACUGGAAAUAAAAGAUUGCAACCGUUGGAGGAUGGCCAAUUGUGGCUGCGGCCGAUGGGGCCGAAGCAUCUUGCGAAUACCUCCUCGACGGAAAACAUGAGCAGGGUGAGCCAGGAGUCGCUCGAAACUAGGGAGAGCAAGCUUACAGAUUAG